AUGCUGGACAUGUACCAGUUCCCUGGUGAUGAGACGCCUUUCAUCAAGGGAUCUGCGCUGAAAGCCUUGAAUGGUGACACCAGCGAGUACGGAGUUCCAGCCAUCAAGAAGUUGAUGGAAGCUGUGGAUGGGCAUUUCCCGGAUCCAGAAAGGGACGUGGACAAGCCCUUCCUGAUGGGAGUCGAAAGCGUCAUGAGCAUUACCGGCAAGGGCACUGUGGCCACUGGCCGGAUAGAGCGUGGCGUGGCGAAGUCGGGCGAGAGCAUUGAAAUCGUCGGCUUGAAGGACAAGAAGGAGAAAGCCACCAUCGCAGGCAUUGAGAUGUUUCACAAGACCCUGGACGAGGGCCAAUCAGGAGAUCAGUGUGGCAUCAUGUUGAAGGGUGUGAAGAGAAAUGAGAUUCAGCGAGGGCAGGUCCUUGCUGCUCCUGGCACCGUGAAAACGUUUUCAAAGUUUGACGCUGACAUUUACGUCCUAAAAGAAGAUGAAGGAGGUCGAAAGAAACCCUUCUUCUCCAGCUACAGGCCACAGGCAUUUAUCAGAACUGGCACUGUGACGGUGGAAGUGCUGUUGCCAGAGAACGUUGAAAUGGCAAUGCCGGGAGAUUCCCUGUCAAUCAGCCUGGUGGCAGAGAAGCCCAUGGCUUUGGAGGAGGGGCUUCGCUUUGCCCUGCGUGAAGGAGGUCUUACAGUAGGUUCUGGCAUCAUUACCAAGUGCUACUAG